AUGAGCGCGCUGUACUUGGAGUUGCCGCCGACAGGUGCCGAGUCAGCCAAGGUCGUGAUUCGCAUCGACCCGAUGCAGGUACUGCUGGGCCUCAGCUCUGGUGAUCUCUCGGAAAUGGCUGUGCCCGGCAUUUACGUGCCGCUGGACUUUCUCGAGUCGCUCGACACGAACGUCUCGGUACACGACGCGUGGGAGAAGGCGCAGCUGCAGGAGGCGCGCGAGUGCGCGGAUAUCACCAACCAAGACAUUGUGACGCAGAUCUCGCUGACGUACCCCGUCGUCUUCAGCUCCACGAUGGGCUUCAUCGCGGGCUAUGCUCUCAAGCACAUUGGCCACAUCAUUGGCGUCCUCGGCAUUGCAGCCAUCGCGUCCUCCGAGGGCCUCUACUUUGCGCUCCACGCGCUGGUCGCGGCACCACCGCCAACGUCGACGGCGCUGAGUGUCGUCGAGAUCUGGGACGACUUGACCAAAAGCUUCCGAAAAGAGAAGCGGCCACGCCGGCCACCGCCGCGCGUGCUCUCACCAGGGGGCUUCCUCGUCGGGCUGAUACUCGGGCUGCGGCACCGGUAG